UCUUAAUAGCCGUAUCUUUGCUCUUGUGUCCUAGUGAGCAAGUGUUUUGCACCCAACCUCCACACUCAAAAUGGCUUCUAAACGGGCCUUGGUGAUUCUUGCCAAAGGAGCAGAGGAGAUGGAAACUGUUAUCCCCACAGAUGUCAUGAGGCGAGCAGGUAUCAAGGUGACGGUAGCUGGCCUGGCCGGAAAAGAGCCUGUGCAAUGUAGCCGUGAUGUUGUCAUUUGCCCUGAUAAGAGUUUAGAAGAUGCCAGAAAAGAGGGGCCUUAUGAUGUGGUUGUCUUGCCAGGAGGGAACUUGGGAGCCCAAAACCUGUCGGAGUCCCCUGCUGUGAAGGAUGUCUUGAAGGACCAAGACAGCAGGAAAGGACUGAUCGCAGCCAUCUGUGCAGGUCCCACCGCUCUGUUGGCACACGGAAUAGGAUUUGGAAGCAAUGUGACAACACAUCCUCUGGCCAAGGAGAAAAUGAUGAAUGGAGGUCACUAUAAAUAUUCCGAGAAUCGUGUGGAAAAGGACGGGCAUAUUCUUACCAGUCGGGGGCCUGGCACCAGCUUUGAGUUUGGCAUCGCAAUUGUGGAAACCCUCCUAGGGAAGGAAGUGGCUGAGCAGGUGAAAGCUCCCCUGGUCCUGAAAGAUUAGAGAGAGAGAAACGCUUUGCCCACUGGGAGUUUUUUUGUUUCCCUUGUGGAAUGCACAGUGUGUCCACCCAGCAGCUGUGAAGUUGCCAGUUGUGUUACACCCCAAAUCUGAAAUAACGGUUUGAGAUCAGAGCUGUUACCUUAGAGUCCCUUAGCACGUGCACCAACAGCCUGAGAGGAGUUUGGGGGAUCAGAAAUAAAAAUGUGCUGGCCCUGGUAUCCCUCCUUUGGUGUCUGCCUUCCUGAGAUUACCAUAAAUAAAAGAAGCAUUUGGUUGCA